AUGAGAAAUCACUCAUGCUGCAACAGGCAAAAGGUUAAGAGAGGACUAUGGUCACCAGAGGAAGAUGAGAAACUCAUCAGCUACAUUACAGCCUACGGCCAUGGUUGCUGGAGCUCUCUCCCAAAACUUGCUGGCCUGCAGAGAUGUGGAAAGAGCUGUAGACUAAGAUGGUUAAAUUAUCUCAAACCUGACUUAAAACGUGGGAGCUUCUCUCCCCAAGAAGCUGCCCUCAUCAUUGAACUCCAGGGCAUUCUAGGAAACAAGUGGGCUCAGAUAGCCAAACAAUUACCAGGAAGAACAGAUAAUGAGGUUAAGAACUUUUGGAAUUCAAGCAUUAAGAAGAAGUUGAUUUCUCAUAAUGUUCAUGCCAUAACCACCUCUCCUGAUAUGCACUAUAACGGUAACUCUGAGGAAGGUUUUUUCUCUCUAAACGCAAACCCUAAUUGGACCCUAAGCUCUCAACAAGACCAACUAUACCUUCCCACUCCAACCCCAAUGUUGCAUGGCUUUGAUCAUGGUGAUCUUAAAUUAGACCAAACCAAUUAUGGUGCCAAUUUGGUUCAAUUUCCAACCCCGCCCCCAAUGGCACCACCAUCGAAUUCUUCUUUUUAUGAUCCACUAUGGUCACUAGGCUAUCAACCUCAUGAACAAUUUGAUCCUAAUCAAGAACUUCAAAAUUUCAGCACUGGUGGAGCAACACAGCAUUAUAUUGGUAAUAAACUUAUUGGUCCAAGUAUCACAGCACCACAUUAUGAUGAGGAUCCAUUAUCAUCCAUGAUUCCAAAACGUUGUGAAAAUAUUAGUGGUAAUUGCUGUGGCAUGCCUUACUUAUGUGCUUCACAAGACCUUGACCCACUUGCUAGACUCCCAUAUUUUCCAGCUAGUUUUGAUUAUCCACAUGAUCCAUACGUGCCCAACAAUCAUAUGGAGUAUAUGGAUAUGCCAUCAUGUCAUCAUCGUACUUGA